CCAAGAUGCAGUGCGGCGCCACGUCAUAGUGCUGACAGUGGCCUACGGAGACUGGAAAAAAAACUGUCAACAACGAGAAUCAAAAGAAAGUAGUGCAGAUCCAGAACACACCCCUUGAAAAACUUUUCUACGUUAUUUAUCUUCCUUUACUUGAUUCCCUUAGCAUUGUUUGCAAUGUCCAUGAUUUUCUUUGCAUCAGUGAUUCGUGUGAGAGAUGGACUUCCGCUUUCAGCCUCAACUGAUCAUGAGCAAAAUAUGUCUGUGCAAGAAACCAAGAAACACCUGAAAGCUAUUUCCCGAAAGCUGGAGCAGCUACCAGACCGAUGUAUACUAAAGAGAGGCCCACACAAUGUUAACUUCAUUAGUUCUCUGGGAGUCAGUUACAUGAUGCUUUGCUGUGAGAGCUACCCCAAUGUCUUGGCAUUUUGCUUUCUGGAAGAGCUACAGAAGGAGUUUAUAACCACCUAUGAAAUGGCUCAUAUAAAUGCUGCAAUCAGACCAUAUUCCUUCAUUGAAUUUGAUAAUUUCAUCCAGAAAACAAAGCAGAGAUUUAAUAACCCACGAUCCCUUUCAACGAAGAUGAACCUAGUGGAUAUGCAGACUGAAAUCAGACUGAGGCCACCGUACCAGAUUUCUCUUAAAGAACUUGGCAUGGAGAAUGGACUUGGUCAAAGAAAGAACCCAGAAUACAAAGGAAUAGCUCAUGGACAGAGGUUGGAGCCAUUAACCUUGCCUGGGAUAAUCUCCUUUCUUCUUAACGUUCUGUGUGCGGGUUUGAAUUUAAUCCGGGCAGUUCAUGCCAUAGAAAGUCUGCUACAGAAUAACGACGAUGUCAGCUGCAUCAUCGCUUUCUUCCUUGGAACUGCUGCUUGCAUCUACCAGUGUUAUUUAUUCGCAUACAGCACAAGCUGGAGGAACGUCAAAUCUUUCUUGGCCUUUGGAUUAAUCUGUCUAUGUAAUAUGUAUCUACAUGAACUUCGCACCCUUUGGCAGCUUUUCUUCCAUGUUACAGUAGGGGCUUUUAUAACACUACAAAUACGAUUUAGGCAGCCACAAAGCAAGUCUCCAGAUUACAACGUCUAAGAGGAGCAAAUAGGAGAGUAUUCCAUACAGUUCCACUCGGGGAAGGACAUUUUAUUUUAUCCUGAUAACGGGCUGCCUGUUUUUUUUUUUGCACCUAAAUUAAGAAGUGUUCUGCUGCCUAUCCACUGGAUCAAACAGUAUUCAAUUCACCUGGCACAGGGAUGUUUACUACUAUGUUUUUGUUGGUAUAAGAUUUUCUUUUGUUAUUGCCUUUGUAAGGCAGUGGUGUUCUAAAUAAAACAAUGCUGUAUAAACUG